AUGCGGAAAAUCUGGCGUGAGUUCUGGUCACGUCACCAGUCCGUUUGGGAGCACAUCGAAUUCAACGAUGAGGGCUUCUGGACGGACCUGGAGGACGUGGCCAGGCAGGUCCGAGCAGCCCGCUGGACGACGGACGGGGCCGUGGUGCGGGAGUGGCCGUCCACGCAAAGCACCUCGGCACAGACGGCGCCCGGCCAGGGGAUCGCGCGGGGGACACAGACCAACCUCCCCGAGUCAGCCAAAGGAUCAACGCCGCGGGGGCGUACUUGGUCGCUCGAGCGCCCCGCAAAGCCAGAACCGAGCUGGCAACCUCCUGAGCCAUCCGCGGGACACCUGCCGCAACGUCAGCCUUGCACGCCAAAUCAGAAGCAAAAAACUGUUACUGAACCCAAGAAAAGUCCUAAAAGGAUUAAUCUUGUCGGUUUAGUACAAAAUGGAAAUUCUACUAUGGGGAAUAUAGUGCAAAUUCUCAAGAAAAUGUACAAACAAAAAGAGAAACCGAAAAUAAAACAAACUAAUACAGGAUCAUUAACAGAGAUAAAGACAGAAGAAACUAAAUUACCUCUUACUAAGCUUAAUGAAGAAUCUGUUGAACAUGUCGAACAUGAAACAAUUAAAUUCAAACAAGAUGAGGAUGAUCAAAAUGACAGCAAUAUUAUGAAAACUAAAGAUAAUGAUAAGGAUGAAAGUGACGAAGAUCAGAGUGAUACUGAAACAGAAGAAUCCACACACGAUGCAAAUGAACAAUUGGAUGAUGAAAGUGAAGAUGAAAAGGAUGACGAUGCUGAAGAUGAUGAAGAGGAUGAAGAUGAUGAAGAUGAAGAAGCAAAUACUUCUAAAGUAAAAAAGGAAGAUGAAAAAGAGCCAAAAACACAAGCUAAACAAUUUUUGGAACAUCACAAGAAAAAUCGAUGUUCUUUUUGUGGGCAAUUUACCAACAGAUUAACAGCAGAUGAACUCAAACAACAUUUCUUAACCAAGGUUGACACUGUAUCCAAUGUUAGGAUCUCAAUUAAAUCAGAUAUAAAAACACCCUGA